AUGUCGCGCAAGCUUUGCAUCACGGCUGUCGAUGGCCAGACAGGUUUUUUGAUUGCGGAGCUUAUACUCAAGCACCGAGAGUUCUCCCGUAAGGUUGACUCGGUGGUCGGUCUUGCCCUUCAACCUCAGUCACAGCGCGCCCAAGAGCUUCGAACCCUUGGGGCAAAGAUUGUUCCCCAUGUGCCUGGAAGGGAGCGUGCCAUGGUCAAAGCACUAAAGGACACCGAGUGCGAUACUAUCUGCCUGGUCCCUCCUGCACACCAGGAUAAAUAUGACAUUACUGUGGAACUAGUGAAUGCCGCCAAGAAGGCCAACAUCCCGAACGUUUUGUUGAUCAGUUCUGUGGGAUGCGACUAUGCGGAUCCUCAGAAACAACCGCGCUUACGAGAGUUUAUCGAGCUCGAGACCCUAGUACUGUCAGCAAAGGGAGACCCCAAUGUUUCGACGGGACACUCGCCUUGUGUGAUUCGUGCUGGAUUCUAUGCUGAGAAUUUGCUUCUUUACGCUCCCCAGGCUAAAGAAGAGGGUGUCCUGCCCCUGCCUAUUGGCGAAAAUCACAAAUUUGCCCCUGUGGCUCUUGGUGAUGUUGCUCAGGUUGCGGCACACGUGUUGACAGGAAAGGGAAAGCACGGUUUCGAUGACAAGCACCGUGGUCAGAUGAUGAUUGUAACCGGGCCCCAGCUCUGCGCCGGAAAGGAACUUGCAGAGGCAGCUAGCAAAGCGAUUGGAUCGCAGAUGGAGUUUGAAAAUAUCUCCGAAGCGGAAGCAAAGAAGGUGAUCAAGGCCCAGGCCGACAUUGAUCCUUCAGAGCAACAAUAUCUGCUUGAGUACUACAGCCUUGUUCGAGAAGGAAAGACAAACUACAUUGCCACUACCGCCUUCCAUGAUGUUACUGGAGAUCAUCCAACUGAGCCAGACUCAUUCUUCAAGAUGUAUUCAGCCGAAAUGCGGCCAGCCAAGAGAGUCAAGAGGGAUUCCGCGUAA